AUGACGUCGACUCAGAACCCCCUUCACAAUCUCGUCCUCACCCCGCAGCAACAGAGCCUGUUGUUUGCCGCCCUCAAUUCCAACAAGCCCACCAACACACAAGCCGACCUCUCUGGUCUACCCGCAAUGUACAACGGAACGUCUGCCCAAGGACUCGACACCAUGGGUUUCCAGCAUAGCCCGAAUUUCGGUUACGACUACGGUCUUGACGGACAACAUGAUCCCAACUUCGAUUUCAACUUCGACUCUGUUGAUCAAUCCCACAUGACGGACGAUCAGUCCAAUGCUCCAAGUGAUUCCAAGUCGGGCUCCGCCAAUGGAGAGUCCCCCGACAAGCGCAGUCAUCCGGAUGAUGACGAGGAGGAGAACAGCGAACCAAAGAGGAGAGAGGGUGAGGGAAAGGUUGCCAAGAAGCCUGGCAGAAAGCCUCUUACCACUGAGCCCAGCUCGAAACGCAAGGCCCAGAAUCGAGCGGCUCAACGAGCUUUCAGAGAACGCAAAGAAAAGCACUUGAAGGACCUUGAAACCAAGGUCGAGGAGUUGAAGAAGGUCUCCGAGACUGCCAACAAUGAGAACGAGAUUCUUCGCAAGAAGAUGGAGAAGAUGAGCAAUGAACUCAAUGAGUACAAGAAGCGUCUAUCUUUGAUGACAGCUCGACCACCGAUGGUAUCACCUCGGGCCAUGCCGUUCGGCAACCCAUUUGUCAACAACAUCAAUGAUGUCAACUUCCAGUUCGAAUUCCCCAAGUUUGGCGGUCCCCUUCCUGGGCCACAACUUGCAAAUCAACCCAAGAAGGCAACCCCUGUGACGCCUCCUUUGUCUUCAACAGGCCGACUGGAGCAACCCACAAAUGGCGUCAGCACCGGUACUACACCCAAUUACGGCCGAAUAGGCCUCGAUACGCAAACCAAGGAAGACUUGGCCCAUUACUCGGCCGAUCUUUUCACACCUCAGUCCGCACGCGGUGAGGGACCGAAUUUCUCGACCACUGGAACAGAUUCUCAGUACAAUGCGGGGGCCGGCACAUCAACGAGUUCCCCAUCUUCUUGCACUUCGAACAUGGGUGGCGCUAGCUCGUCGUGUGGCACCUCCCCAGAGCCCCUCACUCAUUCACCCACCGGGUUGAAGUCAGUUGAUACGAUGGCCACAAUCGGAGAAGAGCAGCCAGGCGUCAUUGGUUCAGGGCAGUCAGACUUCAAUACCUUCGGUGUUGACAACUCUCUCAACUGGUUGCCUCAAGACAACUUCCAGUUUGAUCCGCAGCUCUUCGGAGACUACCGAGAGCCUCAGAACAACGUCCUCAACAACGGAUUUGACGAUUGGUUGACCAAUGAUGCAUUCGAUGCGGAUUUCCUGGCACCGUAUAACCUGCCACCAACAGCUCCAGGACUGCUGCCACCACAACCCGAAGCAGAAUCACAACCACCGAAGAAGGAUCUCAUCUCUCAGAUUGAUGAGGUCAACGCAUCAGAUGAUGGACCUGGAGCGCAACUUGAUUGCAACAAGAUUUGGGACAAAUUGCGCAGUUGCAGUGUACAAAACCAAGAGAUUGACAUGGACGCCUUGUGCUCCGAUCUGCAGAAGAAAGCCAAGUGCUCUGGCUAUGGUGCUGUGGUUGAUGAGAAGGAGUUCAAGAGUGUUCUGAAGAAGCACUUAAGUCCCGAAGCAAUGGCGAGGUGCGAAAAGGACUGUGAAGAGCGAAAAGCAGUUGGCGCAUUGUAA